UGCCCAAAAAUGUGAAACGCAAUCCGAGCACCAGGUCACAGCGAGUAGCUAUUUUAAACUGUAAAAAACUCCGCUUAGCUCGAGAGGAAUAUGGAAGCAGGCGAAAGCGGACUCUUGGCUGGAAUUAAAAUAAAAUGACGGAACCUCAUUCGUCGCUCCGCGUUUAUUCAGCUUAUACAUUUUGCGUGUUUUUGUUGCUUGCGUUUUUCUCAUGUCUCUCCCGGUAGUUUUGCCUGGAUCGUGUUGUCGUUUAACCGGGACUUCUCUCACCCCUCAGUUCGCCGAUCCGUCUCGAAGGAGCCGCUGUAUGGCCACAGUUCCUUGGCGGAUGCGGGGAUCGGAGUCGCGGUUGGUGCCGCCACUGCUGCCCGCGCGCCCGCUUCUCUCCCUCGGUCUGCUACAGCUGGUGCUCGGCUGCUCCAUGGUGGCUCUCUCGUUUGGAGCUCUUUCACUCAGCAACUCGCCUCCUGUCCGCAAUUCCUGUCCGUUUUGGGCAGGAUCAUCAGUUAUCCUGUCGGGGAUUAUCGGCCUCACCACAUGGAAGCGACCCAUGCUCCUGUUGGUGAAUCUGUUCGUGUUGCUGUCCAUGGUGUGUAUCCUGCUGAACCUAGCAGGCUUUAUCCUCUGCUGUCAGGGGGCUCAGCUGGUGUCCAGCACCAUCCACUGUCAGCCGGAUGGAAAUAGUGGUAUCUGUAACUGCUGUGCCGACAGCCCUAGCAAGUGUCAAGAUGAGGAGGUGAUAAAGAUUUAUGCAGGAAACUCAUGUGCAUCGAUGAGAGUGCUGCUGAAGAAAGUUCUGUUUGCGCUGUGCGCAUUGAAUGCGCUGACCACCGUAGUGUGUCUGAUUGCAGCUGCACUCAGAUACCUGCAGAUUUUCUCCACAAGACGGCCCUGUAUGGAAGAGCCACGAAACAUUGUAGAGGAAGAAGAGCAGCCACACGUUCCUGAUCCUGAUGACUUUGUUCCACCCGCACCACCUCCUUCCUACUUUUCCACCUUCUACACUUACACACCACGGCUGGCACGCAGGAUGUUUGGUGACAGUGUGAUCCCGCUGCCUCACAUAUACGGGGCAAGGAUUAAAGGUGUAGAAGUUUUCUGUCCACUUGACCCUCCUCCACCCUAUGAAGCUGUGGCAGCAAGGCAGGCUGAGCCUUCACAGGUGCCGGACCCUGAGGUUCAAGUGACAGAUCAGAGUGAGGGUGUGCCAGACUGCCCUGAAACAGACACACCAGGCGAUGACAGGUGCAUGCAGACAGCCAUGCUGGGUUCCUCACCGCCCUCACAGUCCAUCACAACCCCGAGCAGCAGAAAGCCUCGUAGACCACGACACCGCAGGUCCAACAGUGACCCUGUUCUCCUGGACCUGACUGCUAAAGCAGUAAUGAGCUGUGAAGCAGCCACACAGACAGACGUAGGUCCUGGGUCAGCGGUGGUGUCGGGGCCCGAGACAGAACAUUCGGUUGUCACUCUGCGGCGGGGGAGGGGCAAUCGCAGACCACGCCCCUCCUCUAUGGUGGACUACCAAAGCUAUAGAGACACCAAGCUCCUAGUGGCACGUUUCCUGCAGCAGCAGUCGCCUUGUAGCCUGACGCCAGAGGUGGAGGAGCUGAUCAACAGCAUUAAGAGCGUACUGCGCUCUGAUCAGGAACACAUGGAAGAGGCUGUGCGCUGUGCCACCUUAAUCCAGCAGGUGAUGAGCGUGUCAGAGAGAGGACAGGGGCAGGGGCAGGGGCAGACAUCAUGUGCCAGACAGACGCAGCCAGAUUGCACGUCUAACACACUGCCUCUGCGAAAGCGUCCGGGGCUCCUUCACCUGCGCAGCUGUGGAGACCUCAGCACCUUCACCUGGGCAGAGCUGCAGGUCAGUGGGCAAAGCAGACCGAGCUCUCGGGCCAACUCGAGGACGGGUUUUCGGACUGGAUCCCGCCGGCUGGCCCAGGAUCGACCACACAGCCUGAUAGGUGUCUCACGAGAAACCGUUAUCUAAAAGCUGAAAGCUGUUCUGUGUGCUCUAGACGAGGAAUGACACAAAGCUUCAAAAAAGCAGACAUAUAGAAAUUGUGCUUUUUUUUUUUUUUUUUUUUUUUUUUUACAAAAAAGUGUGUGUUUCUAGCAUUCUAAUACUGAUAAGUGUGAGUUUUCUUUGUUUUAAAUAAAUCAGUGGCACAGUUCUUACUUCUGCACUAAACCGCACCAGAGCCUUUAGUAUUGGAUAUUACAGCAGUGAUGAUACACUGUUUCCCUUAAACCAUUAUUAAACAGACACAUUUAUGACAAAAUCAAGAUAGCAAAUAAAUCUUAUGACUUAGACUUAGACUGACUCUAGGGAAUAAUUUACAUAGUCUAUUUUAUUUAUAAAGAUAUUUUUUACUGUUUUAUAUCAAACUUAAACAGACACCAGUUGAUUUAGUCCAAGGAUUCUUUACUGAAACCCAGUGAACUGAAGCUCAGUUAGACAAAAAUCUGUCUUUUUAAACAAGAUGUUAAUAAACUCUGUAGUUAUAAAGCUAAUAACUAUGAACACAAAGGCCUUGAAAUCCCAAAAUUCCCCAUAAUGUAACAUGCAAAUUAUAAGUUCUAAUUAUUUUAUUGAUUUAGUCACCUGCCUUUGAGUCAUGUCCGUAUAUCUCACUUGAGUUCCAGAAUUCAAGGUAAAUGUGCACAUGUAUUACAACCAGACAAGCCUAAAUGAGGGGAUAAGUAUUAAGAUUACUUCCUGGAUCUCUUGCUGAUUUUGUCUGUCUGUGCCCUUCAGUUUUACAACAUGUAACAGAAACUACAAGGGCUAAAUAAAUCUUUGAGGACA